AUGCCUGCAAGCCUCGCUGUUUCAAAUAUCGCUUGGGAACUCCAUCAAGAUGAUCAAGCUUUGGAUUUUCUAAAGGAGAAAGGAGUUGGAUUACUUGAAGUUGCUCCAACAAAGAUUAUUCCUGAAUGGAUUGAUUUCACUCCGGAGGCAUGGGGAAACUUUAAAAAGAAGAUUCUAGACAAGGGUUUACGAGUGUCAUCCUUCCAAGCUCUUUCUUUCAAAAAGAAUGAUUUGGAAAUUUUCCAUACAGAUGAGUCACGAAAAGCAUACGUUGAUCAUACAAAAUUUGUGAUUGAUUUGGCCUAUGAACUUGUGAAGGAGCCAAAUAGUGUUGCUAAGAGUGUUCGCCUCGUUUUUGGAUCACCAAAAACUAGAGAUCCUAGAGGAAAGACCUACGAAGAAUGUUUGCAAAUUGCUACUGUUUUUUUUAGAGAACUUGGAGAAUAUUGCCUGAAUAAGCACAAAGAAUUGGGACUGGAACCAACAUCAGAUGGAGUGCCAGCGGUUUGUGUAUGCCUUGAACCAAAUCCAAAAGAUUAUAGCUGUUUCUUUGGUUAUAAUAUUGAACAAGCGUCACAAAUUGUUCGUGAAACUAAUAAUUUGGGUUUCAGACUUCAUUUGGAUACAGCUUGUUUGACAAUGGCUGGAGAUGAUUUGUACAGUGCUAUUAAGGAUAAUGCUGACAUUGUUCAACAUUUUCAUGUCAGUGAACCCAUGUUAGCAAAAUUCCAUGAAGUUAAAUGUCAACAUACCCGAGCUGCACAAGCUCUUAAAGAAAUUGGAUACAACAAGGUCGUGUCUAUUGAAAUGAGAUCGAAUGGAGAUGACUCUCUCAAAGAAUUAGGUGUGGCUAUUGAUUUUGUGAAAAAUACCUACAAGGAAGUUCUUGGAUUGUAA